AUUUGUUUACAAAAUGGCAACUACUUUUCACGUGAAAGAAAAGUCAGCAUGGAAAAGAGUUGUGGUACCACAAGAUUUACUCAAUACCGAAGAGUUUGAUGGAUUGAUAGAUAUUCAAGAACUUACUGACUAUGAGCUGGUCCAGAUCAAUAACAAUGUAAUGAAUUUGGAGUCUGAUGAUGAAAGUAACAACAAAAAAGAGAAAAACCUUAAAAGGAAAAAAGCCAAAGAGGAAGCAGCUUUAGAAAAUGAUACAGAAUUUCAGCCCAAGGCUAAGAAGAAAAAGAAAAAUAAAAAAUCUGCUAAAAAUAUUUCAGAUGCACAAGCCCUUGAAGAGGUAACUACAGAUGAACACAGCUGUAUUAACAAAAAGAUAAAAAAAAGAAAAGAUGAUACCAGAAAAAAAGAAGCUGACACCACUGUUGAGAAAAAUAUACAGCUUCCGCCUAAAAGGAAAGAAAAGAAAAGAAAACCAGUGCAAAAUAUUUCUGAAGAUGAAGAGCCUAGUCCUGCUAGUGGAUCAUUGCAGGAACCUACUACGGAAUUAGAUAUGUCUCAGUGGGCAAAUUUGUAUGUGCCAGAUGUCAUACAACGAGCACUUCAAGAACAAGGUUUUCCAACACCUACCGAAAUUCAAAGGAUGACUUUACCGACUGCUAUCAGAGAGAAAAAAGACAUUUUUGGUGCUGCAGAGACGGGAAGUGGGAAGACUCUAGCCUUUGGUAUUCCAGCUAUGACGAGAAUACUAGAAGCACUUUCAAUACAAAGGAAAAAGGAUAAAUCUAGCAUUGAAUGUGAUGAAAUAUCUGAAGAAUUAGCUAAUAAAGAAGAGAAGCUGGUAAGCUCUCCACCAAUGGCAUUAAUUUUAGAACCAACCCGUGAAUUAGCAGUUCAAGUCAAGAAUCACCUUUCUCGGCUUGCAAAAUACACAGAUAUCAAACUUGCAACUAUUGUUGGUGGCAUGUCUAUUGAAAAGCAGAGAAGAAUUCUGAAGAAACAUCCACAUAUAAUAAUAGCAACUCCUGGUCGUCUCUGGCAACUUGUUGAAGAGGGAGAUGACCAUUUAAGCCAAAUUGAUAAGAUUUUGUGCUUAAUUGUGGAUGAAGCUGAUCGCAUGGUGGAAAAAGGACAUUAUGAAGAACUGACUAAAAUAAUGGAGCUGCUUAACAACAGUCCUAGACGAGUCAAAAACAGGCAAACCUUUGUUAUGUCUGCAACAUUGACUAUGGAUGUUGCCAUUCCAAAACGUUUAAACAGUAAAAAGAAACACCCAAAGAAGGAUUUGGACAAGCUAAAAAGCUUAACAGAGAGAAUAUGUGCAGGCUUGAAGCCAAAAGUGAUUGAUUUGACACCUAAAGACAAAGUUGCCCAAACUUUAACGGAAAUUAGAGUAAACUGCAAUGCUGAUGAAAAGGACUACUAUCUUUACUACUUUCUCUGUCAGCACCCAGGAAGAACAUUAGUGUUUGCAAACAGCAAAGAUUGUUUGCGCCGUUUGGUUGCUUUGUUCACACUGCUCAAAUGUUCUCCACUUCCUUUGCAUGCCGAUAUGCAUCAACGGCAGAGAUUGAAAAAUCUGGAUAAAUUUUCAGAGUGCAGUCAAGCACUUUUAAUAGCUUCUGAUGUGGCAGCACGUGGUUUGGACAUUCCCAAAGUGGAUCAUGUAAUACAUUACCAAGUUCCUAGAACCAUGGAGAACUAUAUUCAUAGAAGUGGUAGAACUGCCAGGGCCAGUAACUUGGGUCUUAGUGUGAUGUUAGUCGGACCUGAGGAUGCUAAAGAUUAUCGCAAAAUAGUGCAUGGUGUCAGAAACGGGGAAGAGUUACCCAUGAUGCCUGUGGAAGUUGAUUUGUUUCCUGCUGUCAAAAUUAGGGUCAAUCUUGCAAGGAAUAUUGAUGUUAAAGAAUAUAGAUUGAAAAAGAAACGCCUGAGAAAUAAUUUCUUUACCAAAGCUGCCCAAGAGAUGGACAUGAUUGUUGAUGAUGAUAGACUCCUGGAAGAUUUAGGAGACUCUGUCCAACAAGCCCAAGACAAGCAGCAACUCCAACAGAUGAAGGCUCAACUGGAGGCAUUUAUACGCUGUCCCCUGGCACCUCUGAGAAUGUCCAAGUAUCCAACCAAAUCUGGACAGCUGAUACUAAAAAAGUCUCUUAAUCUCUUUGACAAAAAGAUUAGUAAGAAAUAAAUUGAAUGAUUCUUGUUAUGUUGUGUAUAAUUUAGACUAAAGUUAUGAUUAUUGCAAUAAAAUCUAGACAUAAAACUCA